UCCCUCCCUCGCAAUAAUAUCUCAAGGGAUGACGGGAAUAUUCUCCCCCCAUCCCGCCUCCCCAGUUCUUGGUGCUCGUUUCCUACUCGUCCUUGGGCUGAUUGGUUGCGUUCCGUGCUCAAUCAUCCCAUCCCUCACAGUCUUCCGAACCAGCUGGCCCAUCCCGUGAGCUGUCUCUCGCCCCUAACUACCUACCUACACUAAGAGCACUACAAUCUCACGUCAUGGUGGAGGAGGCCGCAUGCGUCUAUCCGAAAGAAAUCUCGCGUGUCCAACACUGCCCACCACCAAAAGCUACUACUGAAGUUAGUUAGUUAGUGUCUUGUGGGAAAAAGCAUCUCUCCUACGCGAGCCACGUCAAGCCUAGCUCUCUACCCGGCGACUAGGUAAGCAGACAGACUCCGCCGGGGCCUCGGCGGAUAGAUAGAUGGCUCUGUUUACUUGUUCCAGCCCGGGCCUCUCGAAACGGGGUUCAUCCUUACUCGCGUCCAAUCUGCCUUACACGACUGGAUUGCCGCGUCAGGAAAGACUUUCGCGGGGAGGGGAGGGUCCCAUUCCAUUACGCCUCCUUGCCAUGCUUUUUCAGCUUUCUGUGGGGUUUUAUCGCGCGUCCGAGGACCACCGUAGGGCCCCACGAGUGUCCACAACAUGGUUGUCUUUAUUCCCUUCAUGCCGUUCCCGUAAGUGGAGGAGAGAAGAGAGAGAGAGAGAGGGAGAAAGGGAGGUCUUAUUAUCGGUAGGCCAACGGCAUAUAUGUGGAAUGGAGCGCCGGUUCAGAAAUUCAACCCGAUUCCGUCCCUGCUGUCCACGUCGUCUUGAACCUUGAAGGGCCCUCACAUGGUAUAAGAGCAAGACACAGCCAGCCUUCCGCUACGCUUCAGAGAAGUUUGUUAGUUUGACCUACUGAUUGAGUCGUACGUGUGGGAUUUGACGUCAUCCUCGUUCCUACCGCCAGAUCACCUAUAUACACAAAAGUAGCCAACGUCGUCCGUAGACACCAAAGAUGCUGGGCACCGUACUACCCGGCCGGACCCUGGACGAGCCAAAGGUCGUCGAUGCCAUCCUCCCCUCGCCAUCCCACGCCCUCUGCUUCGCCGUAGCAGGCUUCUGCCUCUACCUCCUCUACAGAUGGGCGCUUCCCAGACCGAUCCCCGGCAUCCCCCACAAUGAGGUCGCCGCGAGGCACAUACUCGGUGACAUCCCCUCCCUCAAGGAGGGCAUCGACCGCACCGGCGAGUUCAACCUCUGGCUCCUCGAGCAGUCGGCCCGCCUCCGGUCCCCCAUCUUCCAGGUCCUCAUCCGGCCCCUCGGCCGACCCAUCGUCGUCCUCACCGACUUCCGCGAGACCCAGGACAUCCUCAUGCGCCGCCGCGACUUCGACCGCUCCUCGCUGGUGGCCGACCUGCUCGAGGGCGCCGGCCGCCAGCACCACAUCCACAUGAAGACGGGCGCCGAGUGGAAGCGCCACCGCCGCCUGCUGCAGGACCUCAUGUCCCCCGCGUUCCUCCACGAGGUCGCCGCGCCCACCGUCUACGCCGGCGUCCUGCGCCUCAUCGCCCUGUGGGAGGAUAAGGCGCGCAUCGCCGACGGCAGGCCCUUCGAGGCCGAGACGGACAUCUACUACGCCGCGCUCGACGCCGUCACGUCCUUUGUCUUUGGCGGCGGGUUCCCGCACAGCGCCAUCCGUCCGACCGUGGAUCUCGUUGAGGCGCUGACCGAGGACGAUGUCGCCCGGCUCCGGGAACGGGCCGAUGCGGCGGGUAGCUCCGGCGGCGGCGGCGGCGGCGGUAGUGCCGGACCCCUGGACUUCCCCCAGGGGAAGUGCGACGAGACGAUCGAGGCGACGCUCAACGUGGCCGCGUCCAUCGAGCAGCUGCAGGGCUCGCCCAUACCGAGGAUCAAGUGGUGGUUCGUCGAGAGGCAGGCCGCCAUGCGCCGGACGUUCCGCACCAAGAAAGCCUACGUCAGCGCCGAGAUCACCAAGGCGCUCGACAGGCUGCGCGAGGUCGGCGACGAGGAGUCCAAGGUCCUCUCGGCGGUCGAGCUGAUGGUGCUGCGCGAGAAGAAGCUGGCCGAGAACGAGGGCCGCGAGCCCGACUUCUUCUGCGACACCAUGGUCGACGAGGUCUUUGGCGUCGUCGUCGCGGGCCACGACACGACGAGCACCACCAUGUGCUGGGGCGUCAAGCUCCUCGCCGACAACCCCGACAAGCAGACGGCCCUGCGCGGCGCCCUCCGCGCCGCCUUCGCCGACGCGCUCGCCGAGAACCGGAGCCCGUCCGUCACGGAGAUCUCGGGCGCCAGGAUCCCCUACCUCGACGCCGCCAUGGAGGAGAUCCUCCGCUGCGGCGGCGCCACGCCCAUGGUCGACCGCGAGGCCAUCGCCGACACGCAGCUGCUGGGCCACCGCAUCCCCAAGGGCACCGUCGUGCUGUGCCUGAGCCGCGGGCCGGGCAUGCUGAAGCCCGCGCUCGAGGUCGACGAGGCGGCGCGCAGCGCGAGCAGCCGGGCCGCCAAGGCGCGCGCGUGGGACGACGCGGACAUCGGGCACUUCAGGCCGGAGCGCUGGCUCGUCGAGUCCGCCGCCCAGGGGGCCGAGUUUGACCAGCAGGCCGGCCCACAGCUCGCGUUCGGUCUCGGCACGCGUGGCUGCUUCGGGAGGAGGCUGGCGUAUCUCGAGCUGAGGAUCAUCCUGACCUUGAUCGUGUGGAACUUUGAGCUGCUCCCGUGCCCGGAGAAGUUGUCCGGCUACGGGGCCCGUGAGGGCUUGACGUAUAAGCCGAAGGAUUGCUACGUGCGUCUGGCAGCUCUCGGCGGGAAGAAAUAGA